AUGGAAAACUUUAGAGCGAACUCUCUUAAAGCACAACUGCUUUGUUCUAUACUAAUUUAUUCACAAGUCCCUACGAAGGGAAGCCUAAUAAAAGGAAACUUGCCCGACUUAACAACACUAUUAGAAUUUGUGCAAACAUUCAUCACCCCGUAUCUAAAGCCAGGAGCAUUCAACGCAGAGCCAACGUUUAGGGCACUAAAAGAAUCUUCAGUGGAAAAUGUAAUACAGAAAAAAAUCGCAGAACUAAAACCACUGCUACAAGAUUAUGACGUAGAGACAAAAACAAAAGACGAGGAAAAUGAUAAUCUCACGCUAGAAGGCAAUGAUGAAACCACUAUAGUAGAAUUCGUUCCAAAUAAUAACAAACACAAACAUCUGAGGAAAAAAGAAGAAAAACGAAUACCGGACCCAUUGAGAGCCAAAAUAAAUAAUUAUAAGAAGAUCAGGCGUGAAAUUAAGGCUGCACUGAUGAAAGAAAACGUUACAAAAGACACACGAAAUCUUGUGACAAACACUUUAGAUGGGAUCAUGGCGAGACUUCUUUCAAACAAAUGCUUAUGGAAAAGCACACCGGAUAACGAAUUAAGUAAGAGCCAAAAUCGCGUGCACAACACCAUUUCUAUAGCGUCCAAAUGGAACAAGCAAUGGGAUAAAUUGAAGAAGCAGUACUUGAUAUACGCAAAGCAUCAACCAGACUCAUUCCAAGGAACAAAACUCUUCCUAUUUUUCGAGCAGUUUCACGAGUUUCUCGCUCACAUAGUCAAAGAUUUGGAAGUUAUGGCAGACAAGUACAAAAUAAUUUGCAAAGUGGUUAGUAACAAUGGGCAGGAGAUCCUAUUCGAAAACGAUGUAGGCCUUCGGCAAGGAACGCCCAAGGAUAAUAAUAUGAAGACGAAGGUCAAAUGCGAGUACUUUAAAAUUUGCUCUCAAGAACUAUCAAAAUUCAUGACAGACUUUUAUAUAGCACUAAACGAUACCGCUGUCAGUACAUUGAGGAACUACGCAUCAAUGUAUGUAAGGGAUGUUAAUAAUGAAGACAGUCAAGAAAAAGAUGAUGUUGCCAGUGUAAUAACCAACUUAAGCUUAGUAGCAGAGGAUAAAACUAUUAAGAUAUUCAAAAGAACGACUGGUGAUUUCCAACUUAACCAUGUAAAAGAUGAGAAGGCAAACAUAAAGGCGCUUAAAUCUUACAUAAAGAAUACAAUAAGGGAUACAAUAACACUAAUAAAAAUGGAUCUUGAUACAGGUUUAGAAUCGCUAAGAGUAAGACUUCAGCAGAAUAUUAAAAAGGAUUUAAUUGUAAACAUAGAUGUCGAUUUGGGGAAUUUAGAAAGGGAUUUAAAAAGUAGAAUUUGUUCUGUAUUUUCUGUCUGUAACGGUAAAUUCGCGGGCAGAAAAUUUAUGGAGAGUGAUGAGCAUUCACACUAUACGAAUCGAAAUAACGUUUAUGUUAAAGUACAGUUAAGUCUUGACGACGAGUUAAAAGACUCGUUAGCCCUGAAGAAGUCGUCUGAUUUGAUUAAUCCAUUGUUGAAAGCCGCAGCGAGGGAUUUAAAAAGUCAAAAGACAAUUAGAUACAGAUACAAGCCAACAAUGAUGUACAGACGAAAUAAAGAAUUUGAUAAGUAUGCUAUGAUCAAUGUGACAAGGACUACUUUAAAUGAUUCUACUACUCUCAGUACUACUGCAAUCAUCACUACUACUAUUACUACAAGUACUACAGAAUCUACAACUAAAAUGGAUACCCCAAUAAAUGAAACCCAAAACUUUGUUUAA